GAACCGUAAUUGCAAUUUAGACGAUGGCCAUGUGUUUCGGACUUUAACUUGCUUUGUUUGUGCACUGAUCAAAUCAGAUUAUCUCGCAGACGGGAUAAAAUCAAACCACUUAACCCAGAUCACACAGUGCUAGGGUAGUGAAUCAAUAAUAUAGGCCAUAUUUUCUGGCUUAAAUUACAUCAUUAGGUAUUUAAUUAGAAUAUUUUUUCUGACUCUGUGGGAAAACCACGAGGUCGAUGAAUAUUCAUGAGCGUGUUCCAUACAAAACAUAUGCUGCUAUAAAUAGGAAGUAGGUCAUGGAAACAUCUGCCGCUUGUAUUCAAUUUAAGUUGGAAGCCUAAUGGUUAUAUUGUUCGGUGAAAAUGGCAGUAGGUCCUACAUUGAAGACCAGUAAGCUGUAUAAGAGCAAGGUAUGUUUUACCAAGCAUUUAUGGGAGCACACAGUCUACUGGGAUCAGUUUGCUGGGGAGAAAAACCAUGAUCGCGUUCUCUCCAUUCAAGCUGCACUCAUUCUAUAUAGUGGUAACCAUGGCUACACAGAAGAAGACGCCAACAUGCUUUCAUUUCUUCUUGUGACUUCUCCACAUAACGAGAAAAAGCAGAAAGAUUACAAUGGCAACGAGGCAAAGCUCCACAACAGAAAUGAGCGCAAGCAGUCAUCGCCACUUAAACGAAAACGUCCAUCCAGUGAGACGGAUGAUGAAGACAGCCAGUGACUAGAGUGUGGUUAAAAAACAGUUGAAAAUGUAAAUAUUGAAAAGCAUUAUUGUACAUAACAAACCUGUAAUAUAUGUGAAUAUGUACAUAGUGAAAACAAAACAUGGAACAAGAUAGGAGAGAGACUUGAAAUAGAAUCUGGUGGAACAUGAGCAAAGAGAAUGAUUUUAGACAUACAUCACAUGUCUUACUGUCGAGGAGAUAAAGUGGAACAAAGAUGGACUUGUUUCUUCAGGUGGAUUUUGCUUCUGUGUGAAAAGAACGUUUUGCAGUCUUCGAAUUUCAGUCACAAAAGGUGAAAUCUUCGGUUGAAGUACUGUUAUUACAUUUGUUAGGACAAUUGUUUUUGCUCAUUGUUUUUUAUGACAGACAAAUGAUUGAUACAGAGCCAGGUGCAUCAUUUAUUGCCAAUACAUUAAUAUGCCAUAUUGUUGAAUUUUUGUCAUAGUCAUAGCUUCUAUUUUUUGCGGAUUUACUUUUCAUUGGUUGAAAAAAGCUGUUAUUCGUGAAGAAAAUUGCCAUUGGUUUUGAUGAAUAGGUGAUAGGGCUGAAAAUGUUAACUUUAAUGAUAUGUUGUAUACCUGGGUGGAUGGGGGGGAGGUGAUAUAUACCUAGGAUUUGAAGGAAAUCGCUAUACAUCUGAAAAGUCUCUUGUAACAUUUAAUUGUUGGGUACAUUGUUGAAUUAAGUUUGCCAAUAAACACUUAAUGAUGAGCUAGUCAAGAACUGUAUCUUAUAUGUUUAAGUAAGUGCAUGUGGAUCCUAUGUAUAAAAUUCUCUUUGGUGUGCACUCUUAAAUGAUUUAUUUCAUUUUUGUUUAAUUUAUUAUUUCAUUUUAGUGGAUUUGAUACUGUAACAACACUUGUGACAGUUCUUGGUGGACACAUGGUUUGUUUGUUUUAACUUCUUUUGAAAUCAUUUAUCCCAUACUUAACUAUAUUCUGUGUGGGGAAAUUGUCUGACAUGAUGUAGACUGCAUUGUAUAAUUAUAUUUGAUUUUUGCAUCUGUUUUAUGAUUAGAAACAAAGAAUAGACUAGGUCCACUUUAGAUUCAUAACAUUAUUUGAGUGUCUAUUUCCAAAUAUAUCAUAUAAGAUUUCAAUACAGGAGUAAAAAAUAGAUAUAUUUCACACUUUGACAUUUUUCCUGACAGAGAGGAUAAACUGGAAUGAUUUUUCUAUUUAAAGCAGUUUUUCAUAUACUAUUUCUACAAUUGCUAACCCACACUAUAUUAGUGUAGGAGUUCCAAUAAUUUGGUUUGCAUUGCAAAGAUAAAGACAUGCAACGAGUAUUUUUGUAUCAGUUUAUGUGUAUGCUUAAUAAAAAGCAAAAUUACAUUUAA